AUGAAUCAACUCCCUUCUCUUGACAAUUUAGAGUACUACAACGAAUUCGACAAGAACAUCGACGAAAGAGCACAUUGUGCAGUCGACGACGCCGGAAAGCUUAUCCCUACCGAUUGCGACAGCCCUGAAUACGCCCCGCGUCUCAAGAGCUUGGUGACCUUACUGGUCAGGAGGUUCAGGCGGACAGCUGCGAUGGAGGAUCUGCAGCACGCUAUUCUUCGCGCCCUUGAGAUGGUGGUGAAUUCGCCUCGCUGCCACCCUGACCGUGAGGCUCAGAUCAGAGAUUGGAUCAACAUGAUGCUGGAAAUGGCCGGCCUAAAGGGUUUUAAAGACGAAGACCUGGAAGAAGUGUUUGAGAUGGCUCGGCAGAUGGGCGUGACAGUCAAAAUGAUUCGAAGGGAACACAGCCAUGCUCCUCAUAAGGGCGAGUUGACCGCGGCAAGUCUUCACAUCCGGUAUCAGGGAUUGCUUUCUAAUAUGCGGAAUUCGGGUUCACAGCUGGAGCAAAUUGAUGUUUUCGACGAUGAAACGCCCACUGAAUCCGUUGACGUGCUCGAAGUCGUAGGCAAUGGACGUGUGGCUGCCUGGUCCGGAUAUCGACUCUACAAAAGGUUCGACACGACAGACUCAAUGGAUGAUCUCAACAGCGCCAUCGAAUUAUUAGAAAGGGCACUCAAAUACACGACUCGAAGUGAUCAUGAAUCCGGCGCGCGAAAAAUCCGCUUGACCAACCUCGGCGGUGCUUAUGGAGACCGGUUUGAACGCACAGGCUGGAUACCUGAUCUUGAACGUGCCAUCGAACUUACUACGGAAGCUUUGGACUCCAUGAACGAGUCCUUUGUUGAUGCGUUCAAGUUGGACUCGUUAGCUUGCUCGUUCUCCGGCCUGGAGACUUGGCUAAGUGUGCGCUUCAAACGAUUCGGUUUAGUUGAUGAUCUUCACAAGGCUCUUGACGCGGCGGAAAUGGCCGUCAAUCUUACGCCGCGUGACAGUCCCUGGUGGCCAGGCCGCAUGAACGAUGUCGGGCUGCGUCUAAGCGAGCGAUUCGACCGCUUUGGCGACAAAGAGGACCUUGAUCGGGCUAUCGAAUGCAUGGAGAUGGCGGUGGCGGCCACGGUGCAAAGCGAACAGAGUCUACUCAAAAAUUUGACCAACCUCGGCAACCAUCUGCACAGUCGGUUCAAAUUCACCAAUGCGGCCGCGAACCUAGAUCGUGCCGUGGAAGUUCUUGAAACAGCUCUCGACAUGUCGCCGCCAAAUCACUUCUUGCGUUGCAUUAACUUGAACAACCUUGCUCUCGCCCUUGAGGAGCGCUUUCAGCAACUUGGCAGAGACCAAGAUCUCGACCGCGCCAUUGAGUUGGCGAGAACUGCAGUUGACGAAACUCCCGAAAGCCACCCUGAUCGUAUAGAUAGAAUCCAGAACCUUGGACUGUGGCUCGACAGGCGAGCUCGGCAGAGCGGGUCAAAGGAUGACAACAAUCAAUCUAUCGCGGCUAUCCGUGCAGCAACUGAUGCGCUUGAAAGUUUCAAAGAGGGCUCGAGGUUGCAGAAUGCUGCACCUUUCGUUCGCAUCCGCUUGGCCACAGAUGCAUCUCGAAUUCUUGCCGCACGUUCAAAUUGGAAAGAGGCAAACCAGUUACUGGAGGAAGCAAUCAAUCUACUGCCUGCUGCCACGCCCCGGUCUUUGCAACACACCGACAAGCAAGAUAUGCUGGCAAAGUUCACGGGCUUAGCCUCUACGGCUGCUUCUGUCGCUCUCAACGCUGGCAAGAGCGCUUAUGAUGCUCUGAGGCUCCUGGAGCUAGGUCGUGGCAUUAUUGCCAGUCUACUGCUGGACAUGCGGGGAGAUAUCUCGGACUUGAAAGCGAAGCACCCUUCUUUGGCAACUGAGUUUCUUUCCCUCCGAGACGAAUUAGACUCGCCUGGAAACUUGCAAGCCUCAACAAAGUCUCAGAAUGAUGUUGGUGAUAUCUCUGCAUGGGAGUUGCAAGCAAGAAAGAGGCGUGUAACGGAGAAGAGGUUCGGUGAGCUCGUUCGAGAGAUCCAGGCACAGGAUGGGUUUCGCCACUUCUGUGGUGUCCCGGACGAGGACGAGUUCAAAGCCGCGGCGGUUUCAGGGCCUCUCGUGGUCAUCAACGUGGCGCGUUAUCGAUGCGAUGCAUUCCUUAUUCAACGCGACAGCAUCAGCGUCUUAGAGCUGCCUGCUCUAACCAAGGAACACGCCCAGGAACACUUCGGGAGUCUCAAGCUGUGUCUUGCAGGGCAUCUCGAUGGCAUGAAUGAGCUCCUGGAGUGGCUCUGGGUAUCGACCGCGCGUCCUUGUCUUGAUGCCCUCAACUUCACGAGUUCGAUAUCCGGUAGAAGCCUGGCAGAGUGGCCGCGUAUCUGGUGGAUUCCAACCGGACUGCUCAGCCACUUCCCACUGCACGCAGCUGGAGAAUACCGGGAGCGCAAAGGAGAGACGGUCCUUGAUCGCGUUAUGUCGUCCUACGCGCUAUCUCUAAGUCCAGUCGUCGGUCGAUUCUGCCCUCUUGCUGGCCAUGCCGACUACACCUGGCAAUGGGAGCCUGCUCUGGGCCCAACAGGAAGUGGACAUCGUGGCUAG